AUGGGCGCCACGGCUUCUUCUCAUCACCAUUGCACUGAGGCAGAACCGCCACUGGCGGAAGAUGUCACCCCGCACGCAAACCCCGAGGAAUUAUUCAACAGCUAUGCGGCUGAUCCUAAUAAUCAUGGAUGGACCGGAGCUGACUCUACGUUUUCUGUAAAGCUACCCGACGGUCGACUGCUCUGGCUUUUCUCAGAUACAUAUCUGGGCCCCCUGAAUUGCGACGGUACCCGGCCAACAAGCACGAGAAUGAUAAAUAAUUGCUUCGUGGCCCAGAGUGGAAAUACCUUGACAACUAUUACGGGAGGUUCAGAAACAAACAGGACAGCAAUCAUGCCGCCUCCAGCCGAAGGUCGAUGGUUUUGGCUAGGCGACGGCAUAAUAUCGAACAUGCAUCAUACCGAAUACCUCCAGGUAAUAUUUCAAGAGUAUCAGCGGACAGAGAGCGAGGGGCCACUUGCUUUUAAAUUUGUGCGAAAUGUUGUUGCAACAUUUGAUCUAGCUGACCUUGCUCGUCCGAUCAAGGUGGAUCCGCUCCCGUCUGAAACUGGUACAUCUUGGGGCUCAGCCAUAUUACCACAGGCGCACAGUGGGGAUAACCACACGUACAUAUAUGGUGUGAAAGGUGAUGCCCUUAACAAAACCAUGCGCAUUGCGAGGUUCAGGGGAUCCGAUCUAUCCAAGAAUUGGGAGUUUUUCAGAAGAUCGUCAACCCCGAAUGAUGACGGCCAUUGUGAUGUUGAAUGGACCCACUCGGAAUCCAAGGGAACUGAUGCUCUUGAAGGAAUCGUAAACGAAUUCAGCGUCACCCCAUGGAAUGACGGACAGUUUAUGGUGGUAAGCCAGGAUAGCUCAGAAAUAUUCAGUGCUAAAAUUCUUAUGUGGUCCAGCUGUGACCCGUCAGGACCUUUCCAAAAAAUUGACUCUCCGCUCUAUCGCAUGCCCGAGUCUGGCCCGUCUGGGAACUACAAAAAUUCAAAUGUGGUUGGGUAUAAUGCACAUGUGCAUCCAACUCUACAAGAAGGGGACCGGUGGACACUUUCGUAUAACGUGAACAGCCUUGACAAUCGCAUCUCGCCUGAAGGGGAUAAUUAUCGGGAUCCGAGCAUUUACAGGCCGCGAUUUGUGUCAUUUAAACUUAUUCCAAGCAAACACGGGAGUGGUAAUGAAAAUCACAUUGCUUAA